UGCUCAAAGUAAUAACUUCUUAGGACAUUUAUGAAGAAAGAGCACAACUGAAAAACUUUUUUGAAGACUGGUAUAACUUACGGAUACUUAGCUUUCAUUACGCUAUGUAAUUGGAACUAUGUGUGUAGUAGUUAAGGAGCAAUGCUGUUAUGGGUCACUACUGAUGUAUGGAAGCUAAUAAAAAAGUAUAGGGUUGCUUAUGCAAGUAAACAAAAUAUUUGAAUAUGCCUCACACUCGGACCAGGAAACCUAAUUCUGUUCCGGAUGCAAACUGGGACUCAGGAUUAAAAGAAAUGAAUGAAACCUGGAAAGGAACUAUAGCUUGCCUAGGAGUGGCCAUCUUUUUUGUUAUGACUAUUGGAAUAAUUUAUUGGCAAGUGAUGGAUCAACCAAACAAGAACUGGGUAAUUAAAGGAAGCCUAAGUGGGCUUAUCUGGGAGAGAAGUACACACUCCCUUAUUAUCCAGACUCUAACAGAAGAUAAAACGUUUGUGGAGAUUAAUGUUGGCAAUUUUCCUAAUAUGGAGGUGCCCUUUGUAAAAAAUUUAUGCUUUUUAAACAAAACAGACUUUUGCUAUACAUGGGAUGUUACUACUGAUCUCAAAAUCUCCUUCGAACCCAAUUAUUCUGCAGGUACAGAAUGUUACAGUAUAAACUGGACACCACUGCACUGCCAAGUCAAACUUAAGGACUGUUUUUCUAUGUCAAAUAUAUCUUGGUAUGGAGGUGCAAGUGUCAGUGCACAACAGUGGCCACUGAACAACAUAACUACUGAGUCACAACCUUUUGUAGUCAGUAACCUCAGGGAUGUCCCAAAUGGUUAUGGAUCUGUCUUAGAAAGAUACUUCUUGGGAUCAACAGGAGUGGCUGUACUGAUUGCUCCAGAUGUUCCAGUGCAUGUUUCAAUUGAGAGCAACAAACAUUUCUGCUUGCAAACACCUCCUAGUUCAGAACAAAUCCCUCUCCAGUACACAGUAUGUGUAGGUGAAAAUAUCAAGUCUGUCCAUCAGGAAGUUGGAUGUCACCUCUAUGAUCAUCAGCAACGAAUGAUUCCAAAUAUUAACAUAUUAUGGUUGCCAUUAUGGAGAACUAGGAUACAAGAUUCAUCUGCAAGGCUUGAAAAAGAAUUCAGAUCAUUAUCCAAAAGGUUGAAAAAACAUGGCCUUGAAGAAGGAGUAAUUGCUGUCAAUGAACAUUCCACAAUGUUGCUUUCCACCAUGGACAACAAUUCCUAUCUAAGAAGAAGAAAGAGUAUUUCACAACAGAAGCAGGAGCUCCAGUUAAUUAAGCAUCUGAUAAUAACCUUAUCUCCAUAUAUGAAUAUUGACUCAGAGAAAUUUCAGACAUCACUAAAGAAAGGGAAAGAAAACUACUGGCUCAGUCUGCAUUCAGAUUCUAAAGGCUAUCUGGCACCCCUUCUAAUGAAGUGGAAAACAAAACUUUCUGUACAACUAAAUAUUACCAAUGCAGAGGCAGUUCACUGGUUCCUGACUAUGGCUAAUGAACUAAAGGAAAACCUGGGUGCAGAAUAUGUCAUUUUAGAAGGUGGUGAAGAAAACGUGUUUCUAAAUCAAGCAAUUCAUCCUCCAAAGGCUCUGAAAGGAGACAAAUACCUUGAGCUCUUAGCAGAAGUGGCAACUGAGCUGGGAAAUUCAACUAUAAUUAGUGCUGGUACAAGAUCUAGCUACCAGCCCCUGUUCAUUCAGAUGACCCAACUGCAGUCUGACUGGAGCUAUGCUGGAUUAAAAGGUAUCAUUCCAUGUGUUCUUCACUACAGUCUUCUUGGAUACAACUUCUUCAUUCCCGACACUAUAGGAGGUUCACUGGGAAAUGAACAUGAAACAGAUGAAGAACUCUUUAUUCGCUGGUUAGAAAUUGUGACUUUUCUUCCUGUGAUGUCAUUCAGUACUCCAACUUGGAUCUUUGGAGAUGAGCAGACAUUGAAUCUGACCCGAAUGUAUAUACAGAAGCAUCAGGAUUUUGUAGCCCCACUCAUUGUAAAAUAUGCAGAGGAAUGGACUUCAUUAGGAAAGCCAAUAUUUCGACCUCUUUGGUGGAUCAGUCCAAACAAACCUGUAUCAUUUACAACAGAUGAUGCCUUCUUGAUUGGAGAUGAGGUAUUAAUCGCACCAAUUACAGAAAAAGGAAAAGUGAGCAGAGACAUCUACCUUCCAGGCGAUGAUUAUAAAUGGAUGGACCUAAACACUGCACAGGUGUUUGAUGGUGGGACCUUGUUAAAGAAUUACUCUAUAAGUCUUAACGAAAUAGCAGUUUUUCGAAAGACUUUGUAAGCACAGUUCGAGCUAUUCUAUUCCUGUAACUUAUUUUCACCAAUAAGAUACAUGCCACAAUCGGCUGCAAUGGUAUUGCAGAUUCUUUUUGCACUUUAGCCGAGAACAUGGUUAUGACAAACCACUCUCUAAUGACUUCAACAUCUUACAGUUUAAGAGCAAACUACCACUGGGAAAUAAAUCUUUUAUUACAUUUUAAUCAUGAAAAUGUUAGUAAUUGAAGAUAUGUAAAUGUUGCUUAGUAUAUAAUGUAAAUAAAAAAAAGAAAAACACCUGUAUGGUGGACCCAAGUAUACAAAAACACAAAACUACUGUUUUAAGGUAAGAAAUAAGUGAUGUACUUCAUAUUCAGUGAUGUAAAACAUGCUUUGCACGUUCUACUUUAUAUCUGGAAUAAUAUGCAAUAACAGGAAUUGUUUAUAAUAUGUGCUGACGUGUGCUGCUUAAAAACAGGACCAAUGAUAUACCAGCGAUUAAUAAUUCUACAUAUUGAAGACAAACAAUGGCAAUACAUUAAGGCUUUGUCGGCAAUAUUUUAUUAAGCUGCUUUUACCUUCACUUUCUAGCUGUCAUAUGGAAGAAAUGUAUGCACAAACAUGCCUGUGUAUUUUGCCAAACAGAAACAAGUCUUUUUCAUGUGUAAUACUAUUUUGGAAGCCCAUCAAGACCUCAGUGCGGUUUACUUAUUAUCAAGGUGCCAAAAUACUGACAACUCUGAUUACUGCACACUCUCUGACCUUACUCUGUCCUGACAGCAUCAAAGCAAAUGCUUAACAAAUGUAGUACUCAUCUAUUCAUAUUCAUACAAAAUACAUGCUCAAAAAACUAAAUCAGCAUUACCCAGUUGCUAUAAAUUUAACCAGGUCAUGCACCAAAAACAACUUUGUCUGACCACAAUUAGUAUCGUUGCGGUCAAUCGUUUUCCAAAGUACCUGUUAAUAAGGAGGGAGAAUUCUAAUGUUAUUUGAGGCACUCACAAAUUGGAAUACAAAAAUAGAUGGGAAAGAAAUUAUAGAUGCCAAAUGCUACAAACCUGAGUGACUUGCCAGAUAUUACACUAUGUGCAAUUUACAGCUGCGGAAGUCAACCCAGGGUCAUCUGUUUGACAGCUAUGACUCUAACAACCUGGCCAAGCUGCUCUUAAGAAAGACAGUGAUGCCAGCUAAGCUGCUGGCUUUAGAAUUAAGAUACCUGAGUAUUCAUUGCCAGAACAAAUACAAGCAGUGUGAAAGCACCCAGUAUCAGAUUAACUAAUAAAGGCUGCUGGAUGUACAGUUUGGCUCUAACUUAUUAGUUUACUCAGUGCUUUUCUAUGCAAAAAAGAAUAAAAACAAUGUCAGUCCGUAUGGAAGCAAAGCAAGAAAAUAUAUCUAUGUCACCUCAAAUAUAUGGGAAUAUGUAAGGAAACUCUACAGACCCUUACAGAUGGCCUAGUAGAGCCGUUCAGAUUUUAGGCAGUUACUCACACAAUAAAAAAAAAAAUCUCUGCCACUGUUCUCUCACUCUGACCUUCACUAAAGCAAUUCUGUUAUUUCUGAAAGGCUAUUAGAUAAUAAGGAAAUGCACUGGACGCCAAUGUUUCUUUCCGCUUCUGAAUAAAGAAUAUUGUUGAGAACGUAGCACUUUUCCAGAAUAACCAAUAUUUCUUAAACUAAUUUGCAAAAAUAGAAUUUUGUAAAUCUCUCAUAAAAAUAAUAAUAAUUUCUGAGCUCAGUAGUCACCAAAAUAUUCUGAAGUGCAUACUGUAAUUUUAAACCAGAUAUGGCAGAAUGCAACCCUGGAAGAGGGGGAUAUUGAGACAUAUAAGGAAGAUGUUUUUGCGAUCAGCUAGGAAAGAGAAUAUUAUAGAUGAGAUAUAUAAGCAGUGAAGGUAAGAAAAGAAAAGAUAUGGAAGUAUGUGAGAGGAAUGGGUUUAUAGCUAGAAAAAAGUAACUGACAAGUCAGUUGUCACUAAUGUAGCAAGCAAUAAAAGAGGCAAGGAAUAUAUACAUAGCAGGAAGUGAGAUGAACACCCAGCCAAAGAAAUGUGGAGCAUGCAGUUUAAUUAUGGAUGCUUAUUACAUGAGAGGAAAGGGCUUUAACAAACUUAAUACCAGUAAAAUGACCAUACAGUAUUCAUAGGAGUGAGUGGCAUUCUUCUAGCAGACCCAAAGAUCAUACGGCUCAGUUAUGUAAGGAUAUAGGUAACCUACAGACUCUUGACCCAACCCAGUUUUGAUUGGUCAAAGGCAAGUCUUGUCUACUUUACCUGACUGACUUCCUUGACACACGGCAUAUCUAGACCUUACAAAGACAUUCAAUAAUACUAUCCCACACUGGGGUAUCACAGAUAAAACCCUCCCAGCUAAAUGUCAAUCCCUAUGUAACUCUUUGGAUAGCCAAGUAGCUCAAAAAUAAAACCUGGGAAGUUAGUGUGGGUGGUUAUAUUUCCUCCAAAAGACAUGUUACUAGAACUGCAGCACAGGAUUGAGUCCUUAAGCCACUCUUCUUUGGCAUUUACUUCAUCAAUCAAAACUGUCAAAGGUUUGUGGCUGCCCAAGUUGCAGAAGACUGCAAACUUGGUGCAUCAUAAACUCCCCAGAGGUCAUCAAGAUCCUCUAAGAGGGCCUAUCUCAAACAGAUGGUGUCAAAACCAUGGACUAAAACUAAAUGAUAAGACAUGUAUAAUUGUAUCCUUCAACAAACACGACUCCCCAUUUAACUAGCUCAUUGGCAGCACAUCCCUGAAAAUUGAUCCCGUAGUUGGGAUCUGAUAAUCCGUCAAUAAUGAACUAUCCUUUGAUCACCACAUAUCUAUUGUAAGAAAUUUCUUUUUCACUGCACAGCUUAUAUCUACCUGUAUUGCAUCCAGAUCUAGGGAUGUAAGUGUUCCACUGCACUCAGCAGUUAUUAGGCCGAUCAUUAAGUGUAAUGCCCUUUUUCAGAUGUAACUCUCCACACACUUGUCAAGACCGAAACAACUAAAAUUGUUUCUCACUAAAAACAUCAAGGGUCUAAAUUGUAAAACUAUACAGACCAUCUCAAAGCCUUGGCCCUCUUCUAAGUAUCAUACAGGCUACUGAGAGGUGACCAUGGCCUUGCAUGUAGAGCUUCAACAGUCCUUAUUCUAUCAGAUCUAUUACACAUUUGCACGUCCAAUUAUAUCAUAAACACCAGCUCAGGGGAUCUUGAUCUCUUUUGCAAAAUAAAUAGAACAUGUUGGAAGGAUAAGUUUAUAUCACAAUCAGUACUGCUUGUGUGGAACUACCGUCCACUCCACAUAAAGCAAAGUACUUUUCUUUUUCUAUUCAAAUGUAAUUUGCAGGAAUGGAUGGGUAACCCACAAUUCUCCCCUGAUUUAGCACUCCUGUCCCUCAGUGAUAGCAGAAACAUAAAUGUGCUAACAUAUCCUUGCUCAGCUUCUCUGUGGGUUAUUUGCAUGCAAAAUAUAAGGGCUAAAACCUACCAUAGGAAUGUAAGGCUAGCCUUUUUAUGAUCCUCAAAGAUGCACAGCCUAGUAAGUACCUAUAAAUCUGUGAAGGAUAAGAAGGUAUGGGGGGGCUUUUACAUGAGAGGUAAAUAAGUGGAGUAUAAACAUGUCACAGGCACACAGAGACAGAAUGUAUUUCAAAAUGGUUUUGACAGCAAGGAAUAACAGCAAGAUUACAGGGAAAACAGAAUUUCUGGUAUAGACUAAAUGGGGCAGUGAGGAAUCGAGAAGUUGGUAUCACAAUGUCCAGUAAGGCUAAAAUAAUGACAGGUAAGAUGGAGAAAAAUGAAAUAUAAUUAAUGAGGUAAGAAUGAUUAAUGAGAUUUAUGCAAAUAUCAUAGGUAAUGAUGCAAAAGAGAAGACUGCAUUUUAGCAACGUGAAAUUAUUUUAAUAAUUUUUUCAAGGUAGUCUGUGAUAGAAGAGUACAUAAUGCUCAUGAGCUGAAUUCAUGUAAUUAUUCAUAAGGAGAUCUUCUCCCUACUCCUUUGAAUCUUACGCUUAUGAAAGCUGUAUCCAGCAAAUAUGAAUUUUCUUCAUGGUUUUGCCAUGAGUAUGUGCCAGUGCAGCAUGUAGUCUUAGUUACUGGUUGAACUAGAACUAGCAUCUGAGAUAAACAUGACACACAAACACCUUCUCACUGGUCAGGCCAUCAAUGUUAAUUUCACUGAAGAAAUUACAUAAAUGAUGCAUAUCAUUAUAAGGUAGUGAUGUCAGUGAAUAGGUAUGGGCAGUUGAGUACCAUUCAUUUUCACUGAAAACAGAUGGCACUUACCGUGUCUUCCUAAAAUUAGGUGACAGUGGGGUAUAGAAAUCAGUAGUUUCCCCACUGUUGUGUGAUCUUGGAGUUAGUAUAUUUAGAGAUGUAGGGAUGUGGUGGGUUUUGGUGGGGCUUGCAACCCCUUCAGACACUGAUUUUAUUUGCAAGUUAAUUUGAUCAUCAAAAUUCUGAUAGAAUGUUACACAGCAUUUCAUUAUGAUUAACCAUAGACCCAUGUUAAGAAUGUCUACCCAAUCAGGUUUUGUCAUCAAAGUAGAUCUAGGAUAAAUUACUUGGUUGUUAUCGUGGAUAAUAAGGUUUCAGUUGAUGAUGCCUUGACCAGGUAAUUCAUAAAACAAUGAAAAGGCUCAGUGCACAGUUAACUUCCAUUUUGUACAUCUUUUGAUUCAUGAUUCUAGGAUUACAGUUGACUCAUCUUUUCCAUUCCUUCAUUUUAUUUAAAGCUAACAUUGUUUUCUAUGACAAAAAUAGAUUAAAAGGAAGUAGAUCAUUUACUCUUAAGCAACCUCGCCUCAAGUGUUAUUCACUGAUCACAUUUAUACUUCCAUCUUAAAAUAAGCACAGUUCCAAUUUUUUUCUAGACAAUGUUCUACAACAGGAUGUGUGGAUUAAACAAACCUUAAUAACUUGACAUUUACUCCAGUCCUCUAUGCUCCGCAUAUUACAACUUUAUUGGUAUCCCUAUGUUUUCUAUAGAAAAGUCUUAUGCUAGUUGUUGGUCUGCUUUCAUUUUCCUGUUUUCUUCUUUCUAGAACCCUCUCCUACAUAAUUUGUGAGAGGUGCCCCUGAGUCAUCGUUCCUUGUGCUUCUGCUAUACUGGAUUACAUUACAUCACAACUACACUGUUAAUACUUUAAUUCUUUUUACUGCUUAUGUUGCAUAUGGAACGUCUGUGAAUUUAUACUUCUUUUCUUUUAAUCGUCGUAUCUAAUCUUUCUUUAUUAUUUAGUUCUUGUAAUGCAGUACUACAAAAUGGUAUCUGUAGUUUAGUCAUUUGGUCUGCUCAGUUAACACUAGUUAAUAGGUGUUCAAACAUGCAGGCAAAAAUAUUAUAUUCAUAAUAAAGCAGAUGUUUCAAGAACUAAGGAUCUAGCAAAAUGAGUAAGUCAGUCAUGAAGGAACAUAGCCAUGAAGAUGAAAAUUGUAUAAUGUAAAUAAAAUGGGUUCAAAAUAAAGAUAAAGAUAUACAUACAUGAUGAUGACACACCCAUUUCCAUUUCGAAAUUUAUUCAUUUU